AGCCAUUUUGGCUCAAGGCCGCCUGUGGCGCUCAAGCAGCGGGCCCCCCUCGGGUGCCCCGGCGGCCCCCGUCGCCCGCUGCAUCGCGGCCACCGCAGGCACGCACGGAGGGCGCCCGCGCGCGAGUCGCGCGAGGCGGCCGCUACGGCCGAAUGCUGACGGGGGCGAACAAGUUGGAUCUCGCAAGUCAUGCCAUACCUGGCAAUAAAGAAUUGGACCUGUCCGGCAACCCCGGCGUCAUGGACGUAAGCGGGGACUUCGUGGAUUGGUACCUGUUGACACACUUGGAGGAGCUGGUCCUGGCAAACUGUGGAGUGACUUCGAGACAGUUGAAGUGCUUUGCAGGCUGCCCACCUCCCUCUCUGAAAAAGCUGGACUUGUCCGGCAACCGCGGCGUCCUGGACGUAAGCAGCGGGGACUUCGUGGACUGGUACCUGUUGACACACUUAGAGGAGCUGGUUGUGUCGGAGUGUGGAGUGACUUCGAGACAGUUGAAGUGCUUUGCAGGCUGCCCACCUCCCUCUCUGAAAAAGCUGGACUUGUCCGGCAACCGCGGCGUCCUGGACGUAAGCAGCGGGGACUUCGUGGACUGGUACCUGUUGACACACUUAGAGGAGCUGGUUGUGUCGGAGUGUGGAGUGACUUCGAGACAGUUGAAGUGCUUUGCAGGCUGCCCACCUCCCUCUCUGAAAAAGCUGGACUUGUCCGGCAACCGCGGCGUCCUGGACGUAAGCAGCGGGGACUUCGUGGACUGGCACCUGUUAGAACACUUGGAGGAGCUUAUCUUGGCAAAUUGUGCAGUGACAGCCGUGCAGAUGGAGUCAUUAAUGGAGCUCCUACCAGGGUCAACAGCGUUACUGGAUCUAGGCAGUGAGUCUCGCGAUGCUACCCCCAGCGAUGCUUUGGAAGCCGCAGGCUUCACAGGUCACCAUCAGAGUGGCCGUUGGCAGCGUCCGGUGCAGCACAGUGCCCGAAUUGCUGAGUCGCGCGCAGGGCCCGCGGGCUGCCUGAUUGCCUGAUUGCCUGGCUACCUGGCAGUCGCAGUCGCAGUGCUUAAGCGCAGCGCCCUUGCAUCUUGACACAACACGCGCAGUAGUUAAUUCUGCGAGUGUGUAGCAUCCCGUGCGGCGACGGGCCGGGUAUCAUGCGAGGCCUUGAGGAGGGCCGACGCAUACGGUUGUGGUCCCCAUGCUGUUCCGCGUUUAUUUGGUUCGCCUGGUUCGGCUGAUAUUGCCCAUUGCGAUGUUGGAA